GGAAGAGAGAGAGAGAGAGAGAGAGAGAGAGAGAGAGAGUGGUCUGAAAGCAUAACGAUGAACGUGUUUCCUGUAUUAUUUUAUUUGUAAUCAGACCCCCAUCUAAUCAGGGCCAAUCAGCCUCUCCACUGAUAGCAGAUUUAGAACAAAAAGUAGAGACAGACAAGUCAACGUGAGCGGCAAGUGCAUCUCGUGCCCACUAUUCUACUUGCAUGUCGCACUUCUCUGAAGCUCAUCAUGAAAAAUACUACGACGGAACUCUAUGAGUAUUCAUACGAUGAAGACGAAUACCCAUACAGUUCUAACAAUCCCUACAAUAAUGACGAUGCUGCCCCCUGCAGUCUGUGGGACACAUGGACCUUUGUCAGCAACUUUGCCCCUCUGGCUUACAUCCUGGUCUUUAUCUUGGCGCUAGGGGGUAACAUUCUGGUGCUGUGUGUGAUCCGCCGCUAUCGGCAAUCUCGACACAACCCCUGCUCCUUCUCACUCACAGACACCUUCUUGCUCCAUUUGGCCAUCUCUGACCUCUUACUGGCCGUGACACUGCCAUUUUUCGCUGUGCAGUGGAUCAAUGAGUGGAUCUUCGGCUUGCUUGCAUGUAAGAUUGCCGGAGGACUGUUCUCACUGAAUGUAUACUGUGGUGUGCUAUUCUUGGCCUGCAUCAGCUUUGACCGCUACCUGGCCAUCGUACAUGCCGUCAAUAUCAGCUGGAGACGCAAGAGCUGCCACGCUCAGCUGGCGUGUGCUGUGAUCUGGGUUGUUUGCAUGGGACUGGCCAUAGUGGAUAUGCACUACCGUGAUGUGGUUCUGCUGCAUGGCAGGAAUCAGCAGGUGUGUCUAGUAGUGUUUUCUCAAGAGAGUUCCCAGCAAUGGCAGAUUGGCAUGCAGCAGGUCAGCCUGUUUCUUGGAUUUGUAUUUCCAUUAUUAGUCAUGCUCUACUGCUACAUAUGCAUUUUCAAAGCACUUUGCCACGCCAGCACGCGUAGACAGAAACGACGCUCACUGAGGCUCAUCUUCUCUUUGGUGGUUGUGUUCGUGGUCAGUUGGGCACCUUAUAAUGCCCUGAGGAUGACAGAGAGCUUGAAGACACUGGGGGUCAUUGUCAACAGCUGUAUGCUGAACAAAGUGCUGGAUGUGGGCAUUCUGGUGACAGAAAGCAUGGGGCUAGCACAUUGUGCUUUAAAUCCACUUCUCUACGGCCUUGUGGGGAUCAAGUUCCGUCGUGAGCUUGCCCAGAUGUGCAAGGCUGUGUUAGGACUCCAUGGGUGCCUUGGAUUAGAUGGAUGGGCACAAAGUCGGGGAUCAACCCGCAGGCCUACAGGAUCAUUCAGCUCAGUGGACAGUGAGAAUACCUCCUCUGUCAUGGCAUGAAAAGAGAGAUAAAGAGAGGAGAAAUGCAUUCAGAAAAGGUCAAGAAAGAGAGACAUGAACAUGGAAGGAAAAAAGCAGGCGAGACACCAGCGACAAGAGAGGAACUGACAAUUGCCUUACUCUGGAAUUGAAAUGGAACUACUAUUUUAGUUUGUACAGAUGGACUGACUUAAAAGAAAACUACAGUUUCCAUGCAAGUUCUCUCUUUUAAAACAAGGGCACAUCUAUUCUGAAAUCCAUUUUAUUUGAGAGCCUUAAUGUCAUAAAACGAAAGUUCAAAUUCAAAUCUAUUCUUGUUUUUCUUGUACGUGCACAUUUUUAUCAAGUGUAUAUAAAAAAUUAUCAAAUAGCAUAAUUUUUUUUUGGUCAAUUACAGUAUGUAUUGUAUUUUUGAAGUGUAUUUGAAAAAUAUUCAAAAAUAUUUUUCUCUCUCUAUUUUUGCAUGUCAGAAUUUCUGCCAUCUUGUUGCAGCUGUAACCAUGGCAAUGAAUCAUCAGCUGGGCUACCCAGUUUGUUGUCACAAACAGGAAGUGAAACCAUUCUUCAAAUCUGCAUAAUUGUUUUUCUCUUUCUUAAAUUCCUUAAAGGGACAGUUCACCAAAAAAAGUGUAAUUCUCUCAUCAUUUACUCACUUCUAAAGUAUGACUUUCUUCUACAGAACACAAUCAAGGCAUUUUAGAAGAAUAUCUCAGCUCUGUUGUUCCUCACAAUGCAAGUGAAUUAUGACCAAAAUUCAGAAGGACUAAAAAGGAUGUAAAGGCAGAAUAAAAGUAAUCCAUAUGACUCCAUUGUUUAAAUACACAUCUUCUGAAACCAUAUGAUAUAUAAGGGUGAGAAACAGAUCAAUAUUUAGCUAAUUUUUUACAUUAAAUAGCCACCUCUGGCCACCCCCAACCAGUAGGUGGCUGAAUAUAAAAGUGAAAGUGUAUAUUUAUGGUAAAAAAAAAAAAAAAAAAAAAGAAGGACUUAAACAUUGGCCCACAACAUUCUUACCCACAAUGGAUUUAAACAAUGGAGGUAAAAGAUGAAGUUUCAUUUUUGGGUGAACUAUUCCUUUAAAAAGCUUCUCAUUAUUGGUUUUACAUCACUGCUCUCCUCUUACACUGUAAAAUCAAAUGGUGCUUUGAAUUGUUCAUAUUUUUUUUUACAGUUAUUUGAUAUUUUGAGUGGAAUGUCAUACAGUCAUUGAGGUGAAAGUAUAUUUUUUCUUAAUGCAAAUUAUUUUAAUGUAGUUUUUGCAACCUCGGAUAAAGUGUAUAUUCCUGUGAUUGUAAUAAAUAGUUGAGA